AGGAGUUUUCCGAAAACCCCGAGAAACUAACGGUGUUUAAUGACUGGUUAAAACAUUUGAUUGCUUGUGUCCUACUAGAGGUCCUUGCAAUUAAGCUUUAAGUAGCUUUGAGCUGAUAUUGCAGAUAAUCAGUGAAUGAGUUGCUAUCUUGCACAAGUGCCGUCUAAGUGUUUUCCAGCUAUCCGCGCCCGCUAGUCUUAUCAGAGUUUCUGUCCUGAUUUGAUGGCAGCACCUUGAAAGUCGACAUGGACUACACGAACUCGCGCCCAGCCAAAGACCAUUACAACCCCAGGGAAACUGCAGGAAUAUUUUCGAUCGUCACGUUCAUCUACAAUUUGCCACUACUGAAGCAGGGCCGGAAAGCGGACAUCGAGGAGAAAGACAUUUUUGCGGUGAUUCCCGAAUAUGGAGCGGAACGGUUGGGGGACCAGCUGGAAGAGCUGUGGAGGCACGAGAAGAAGCAAAGCAAAAAACCAUCAGUCAUCAAAUGCCUGGUCAGGUGCUUCGGCUGGACGUAUUUCUUCCUCUCAGUCGCUCAGCUGCUGCUGACGACUUUCACCAUAUUGGCGACUCCAGUAGUAUUGUCCAAGUUUGUCGCCUAUUUCCAGCCAGGCCAAACGGGCGUCUCCACAAAAGACGCCUAUAUCUACGCUUCCGCAGUCAUCGGCCUGAACAUCUUCAACUCCCUGUACACCAACAAUCUCGCUCAAUUAAUCGUGGAAUAUUCCAUUAAAGUCCGGACUGCCGUUUGCUCCUUGAUUUAUCGGAAGGCUCUCAAAAUCAGCCCUCUGGCCUUUUCCGAGUGUUCCAUAGGCAAAGUGGUGUCGCUCUUGUCCAAAGACGUCUUCUCCCUGGACAGCGGACUGCCGUUCCUCAAAGACCUGAUCAUCAGUUUUCUGCAAUUGGCUGCAGUCACGUUCAUUCUUUACCGAAAGGUUGGCGUUUCGGCCUUCUAUGCCAUGGGGCUGAUUAUGAUGAUUAUUCCGCUUCAGAUGUUUCUGGGCAAGUUCGUUGCAACCCAGCGCAUCAAAUGCUCCAAGAAGACCGACGAACGAUUCAAGCUGCUUCAAGAGACCCUGGGAGCCAUCAAAAUCAUCAAAAUGUACUCGUGGCAAGGCUUCUUUGAGAAGUUGAUUCACAAAGCCAGACUCAAGGAAACUGACAAAAUCAAACACGUCUACUACCUAAAAGUAAUCGUGGCUGUUCUUGGAGCCUCGACCAUCAACUUGGCCUUCUACGCCUUCCUGGUUUCCUACAUUGCUCGAGGUUACACUGUGGAAGCGGAAACGGUCUACUUCGUGCAGACUUGCCUGGGGGCCAUCAAGCUAUCCAUCGGCUUGCUGAUCCCGUUCGGCAUCAGUCAGACUGCCGACAUGUCGGCAGCUUUUGAGAGAAUCCAGCAGUUUCUCGACGCUGAAGAAGUGGAGAAGCGCCAGUACCGCAUACUGCCAACGCAAAAGCCCAGCUUGCAUCUGAACGAAGUGAAGGUGCUGAUUCAGGGCAAGGAGGUGCUGGAUUCAGUUUCCCUGGAGUUGAAACAUGGGCUGUUGCUGGUCACUGGCAAUGUUGGCAGUGGGAAAAGCUCUUUGCUGAAGACAAUUCUCGGAGAAUAUCCGGUUGCUCAAGGCGAUUUGAUCGUUCGGGGGACGUUAUCGUAUGCCUCUGCAGAGCCUUGGCUGUUUCCGUCCACCAUAAAGCAGAAUAUACUCUUUGGGCUGCCUUAUGAGGAGAAGAGGUAUCAGAAAGUGCUGCAGGUUUGCGCCUUAACCUACGACAUCAACCAGUUUGAGAAGCUGGACCAAACAAUUGUGGGGGACAAGGGCUUCAAUCUGAGCAAAGGCCAGCAGGCCAGGAUUUCUCUGGCUCGCGCCCUGUACAGAAACAGUGAUGUUUAUCUUCUAGACGACUGCCUCAAUUCCUUGGAUAAUCACGUAAACAAGCACAUAUUCAACGAAUGCAUCACAGGCUUCCUUAAGGACAAGCUGUGCGUUUUCGUCACCAAUAACAUUAACCACAUUAAGACCGUGGAUAACAGCCAUAUUUUGUUCAUUGAAAAUGGAAGAACUUUGAGCCUCGAACAGCAAACUGAAGCCUUAGACAAGAGGAUCACGUAUUACAUCGAUGACGAUGUCGAUGACAACUGGAAGCGAGUUUCCAGACUUCCAGCUGUUCAGGAGGAUGAGGAGGAUUUUCGGGAAACUGAUGCCUUGCUGCAACUCAAUGGGGACCUGCCUGCUCAGGCAUCGCCCAACUUGUACCAUGAGGAGAAAAAGGAGGGAAAAGUGCUCUGGAAUAAUUACACGCGCUACUACAGGUUUAUUGGGGGGGCUCUGGUUAUGACCUGCAUGCUUCUGGUGUUCAUGGUUGUGCAGUUUUGCCUUUCCUACUCAGAGAAAGUCAUCAGCUUAUGGGUAAACCUGGAGCCCCAGAUAACGCAGCUGACCAUCAGCAACCAAACCGAAACCGACGAAUUCAGACAAAUUAUCGCAAAAAGAGAACAGUUUCUGAACCUGUACUCCAUUCUGCUGGUGGUCUUGAUAGCUGGCAUGAUAAUCCGCACAUAUUCAAGCUUCUACUUUUGCACAAACGCCGCUAGAAAACUGCACAAAACCAUGAUCACUUCCAUGCUGAAUGCCUACAUGUACUUUUUCGAUAAUCACUUCAUUGGGAACAUCAUCAACCGAUUGUCCAAGGAUUUCAGCGUCACUGAUGAGCAAAUGCCCUACUUGAUCUUCGACUGCUGUCGGCUGGUUUUUAACAUAAUUGGGGUGUUCAUCCUCGUAGGUUCGGUUAACUGGACGUUUUUCAUACCGGCCGCUGUCCUCUUAGUCCAAAUGUACUUGAUGAGGCGCCAGUACUUGCCAACUGGACGCAGCUUGAAAAGACUGGAGGCUGCAAGAAUUCUCGAGCAAAAUUUGAUAUUCGUGUUUUGUACAGCACGCAGCCCCAUCAUCGGUUACCUCAAUUCCACGUUGGAAGGACUGGCAGUGGUGCGGGCAUCUGAGCAACAGCACAAGCUCAGAGAGGAGUUCGACAGCCACCAGGACCUUUUCACCUCCACAUACUACAUGAGUCAAAGCACCAUGCGCCUUUUCACCUUCAUGCUGGACAUUUUCGGAAGUUUCUUCAUCGCGGGAAUCGUCAUCAAGCUGCUUCUUUUCCCUCAAGGAGUUUCCGCUGGGGAAGUAGGGCUGGCCAUCUCGCAGUCGAUGAUGCUUUCCGGACUGGUGCAGUUCACCAUCAAACAGCUAACCGAAGUGGAGAACGCGAUGACAGCGGUGGAAAGAAUUCUGGAGUACGCCGAUGUCGAAGUGGAGCCCAAAGAGGGCAAGGUUGUCACUGAUUGGCCCUCCAAAGGCUCCAUUCGCUACCACCACGUUUCGCUGGUAUACAAAUCCGAUGGGCACACGGUGUUGAAGAACAUCAGCUUCCAAAUUGCGGGCAGUGAAAAGGUUGGCAUCGUUGGACGAACGGGAGCUGGAAAAUCCUCGAUCAUUUCCACGCUGUUUCGGCUCUACAAUUUCGAAGGACGGAUUUUCAUUGACGGUGAAAACAUCAACGACCUCGCGCUGGAUCGCUUAAGAUCCAGCAUCGGCAUCAUUCCACAAGACCCGAUCCUUUUCUCCGGAUCAAUUCGCAGCAACAUCGAUCCGUUCAACAAGUACUCUGAUGCUGAUAUCUGGCGGGUUCUGGAACAAGUCAAUUUAAAGAGUCUAGUGAAGGACCUGAACCAGCAGGUUAACGAUUGUGUGGCCUCCUACAGCUCUGGCCAGAAGCAGCUUCUUUGCCUGGCUAGAGCCAUGAUUCAGAACAACAAGAUCAUUAUUCUAGACGAAGCCACGGCCAAUUUGGAUCCCGAAACCGAUCAGCUGCUCCAGAAAACUGUGAAUGAGAGCUUCAAGGAUUGCACAGUUUUAACGAUAGCGCAUCGAUUGCACACUGUGAUGGGUUGCGACAAGAUUCUGGUGUUGGAUGCUGGCAGUGUGGUGGAGUUUGAUACGCCUGCAGCUCUGCUGGAGAACCCGAACGGGUUCUUGGCUAGAAUGGCACAGGAUGAAGUUUUCGCCAAGCCAAAGUAAAUGUUUGUAGGGAAAA